UUACACCCAGCUCCGCAAAGCUUCCUCCUCCCUCCUCUCCUCCCCCCCACCCCCAAAGACUGGUGCGAUGCAAGAGUCAGCCGAGAGUUUCCCUGAUUCAAAGCAGGCUCUCCAGCCUCGUAUCAAGUGGCUUGUUUCCCUGUGUGUGUUUACACAGUAAGCAUAUCGCUUGUGGGCUUCCAGAUGAACAUCCCACUGGGCCCGGCGUUCCUGCUGUUUUUCUGAGGCCCGCACAGACGGACUUGCACAGGGACAAGAUGCCGAAUGCAAAGACAGGGCUGGACAGCAAAAUGGAUAUGUCUUCCAGCUAGUGUUCCACGCGACGGAUUUCUGCAAUCAUGAAGUGGAGGGAAAGGCAGUCUCCUUCGCUGAAGCCCAGGGCAUGUCGCGCUAGGUAUAUUCAGCACCUAAGUGUCCAAGGAUGGAGACUUUACCUCUCUCUAAGCUCUAGGAGCACAUACUGCUGCAUUGAGAGUCACAGGAUGGUUCAACAAAGCCAAGUCUGUGCAAGAAUAUGUUCAGAAAGGUAGAUUGAACAUGCUUCCCUGAACGAUGGUUAAAAGAAAACAUCUGGACCACAGAAGAUGAACCAACUUGAGGCAGUCAAAUCUGGGUUUUUAGUAUGCAUAGUGGGUAGCGUUUUCAUCUUUGCCUUCUUCUACAUCAAGAAUACAGCCUUCAAGGGAGCCAAUGAGCAAAAACUUUCCCCAGGAUUAGCUGAAUGUGGUUUCUACCCAGACGAGCUGUGCUCGGCUCUCUUUGAGGGCAAAGAUGCUGCUCCUCAAAUUGGCCACCUCUGUGAACAGGUUCUUCGUGGACAAGAGAUGUCUACCUGCAUACAGACUCCGUGCAACUGUUCCACGAUGCACAAGAGACUCCAUUUUAUUACCAGGCCGCUGUCGGAAGAAGAAGGGAACUUCUCUUUGGCGUACAUCAUCACUAUUCACAAAGAGCUAGAGAUGUUUAUCAAGUUGUUCAGAGCCAUUUAUAUGCCUCAAAACAUCUACUGCAUACACAUUGACGAAAAAUCACCAAAGGAUUACAAGGCAACCGUGCAAAUGCUGGUUAAUUGCUUUGAAAAUGUUUUCAUUGCUUCGAAAAGAGAGACCGUCGUUUAUGCUGGAUUUUCUAGACUGCAAGCGGAUAUCAACUGCAUGCACGAUUUGAUUCAUUCCAAAACUCAAUGGAGUUAUGUUGUAAACCUAUGUGGGCAGGAUUUCCCCAUCAAAACUAACAAGGAGCUGGUGCAAUAUAUCAAGAGCAAAUGGAAUGGUAAGAACAUGACUCCAGGAAUUGUUCAGCCACCUCACAUGAAAUAUCGAACACACACAAGUUACAAUGAAUACGUACACGCGGGAAAAUCUUACGUGUAUCCAACGAAGAAGGUGAAAGGUCAACCACCCCACAAUUUGACUCUGUAUUUUGGAAGUGCCUACUAUGUACUCACAAGAAAAUUCGUAGAAUUUGCACUGACCGAUGAACGUGCAAAAGAUUUGCUUGAAUGGUCAAGGGACACCUACAGUCCUGAUGAGCACUACUGGGUCACUCUGAACAGGCUCCCAGAUGCCCCAGGCACCACGCCGGACGCGGACUGGGAAGGAAACAUACGGACCAUCAAGUGGAGAGAUCAAGAAGGAAAAGCCCACAACGGCUGCAAAGGUCAUUAUGUCAGAGACAUCUGUGUGUACGGACUCGGUGAUAUAAAAUGGAUCAUCGAAUCUCCCAAUUUGUUUGCUAACAAAUUCGAGCCAGAAACGUAUCCGCUUGUCAUGGAAUGUCUCGAGAGGCAUUAUCGACUCAAAGUACUCCAGCAGGCUGAAGUCCCAUUGGAAGAACACUGGGCUUUACAGGAGCAUCCUUCUUUUAACAUGAAGCCCAACAUCUGAGUCAACCAUGGCCAACAUCACAAGGACGGAAGACAGGAACCAAAGGAUGCCAUUUUGUUUCACAUGUACAUUGCAGAAAUGAAACCUGACCAAUGCAGCACCCGUAUUGUAUAUUUUGGGACCACCAACAGCAUUACAAGGGGAAAAAAUUAUUCAUGGAUCCACUAUCUUUAGCAGUUUGGCCUCAAGCCCCUUUGGAUGGAAAGGCAUUAUAAAAAUAAGCUCAAUAAAUUCUCCAAAUACAUCAAUCAGGGCUGCAGCACUUAGUUAAUUGAUCGGCUCAUUGAUUAAAGGCCUCUUAAAACUUCAGUAAACAAAGCUUCCUCCAAUUCAUCUGGAAGCAAAUGUUUUAGAACGCUUCAUAGUAUUUUCUGAAUAAAAGUAUCACCUAAGUGACAGGUGUUAUAUACAAGAGGCAUUUGAGGGCUCUUGUUUAAAUGGAGGGAAUGCCUCUAAGAUGCACAUAUAUGGUGCAGCAAACAUUAUCAUCUAAGAAUGUGAAUGAUUUUUUUCCUCCUCCUGGUUUGAAUCCAAGCGUAACUGUCGGUAUAGCAAAUCAAUUAAGUUGACCAAUUCACUGAAGUGUCAUCGACUGGAUGACAAAAAUCCUUUUUAAAACAUUCCAAGUUGCUGGUAUAGACAAAGUUACGUAUAAUAUGAAAAGCAACAACCACACAAUGUACAUAGAUUCCAGAACUAUCUAUGAAAAAGGCUCAAGACGGAAUUGGGUGUUGCAUAGACAGAAUGUUCCAUAGGGUGUUCCAUAGACAGGGUGAUCUAUAAUGAUACAGGGUCUGUAAAGAUGUAGGGAGCAAAAUGCUAGGUACUGCAAAAGAUCUCGCCCAAGCAGAACUGAAGAAAGCCUGUUUAUGUUUCUGCUUGCACGCAACCAAAUCCUAGCCAUUAUAUAGCAACUCUGCAGAUUUCAGUGGAAUGUCAAAACGUGGCGCUUGUACAAGAUGUUUAUAGCACAAACUAUUCCAUGCCACCUAAGUUAUUGAACGUUUGAGAUUAUAUGUGAUCGUGACACUGA